CUGUAUGCUUCGGGUGCUGAGCAGUCACAGAACGAGACCACUCAAUUCCACCGUCCCAAACAACUGUCUCUGCUCCUGCUGAUAGUCUCCUUUUUUCAAUGCACCCGCUGAUAGCUUAGCUAUCCUUGGUUCUGUCUUCUUGCCAAAGCCGCGAACCUUCUUGGAGCGGUCUGUCCGUUUAGACUAAGGAAGCCCUGAGUCUGGCCCUCCUCCCCCCAUGCCUGCAUCCUAGCUCUGCUCCCCGGACUGCAGCUUCGCGAUGCCCGCAGCGGGGUCCUGACCGCGCCGGAGGACGCCCGGUCUUCUGGGCGCUCUCGCUACGGCGCAGGCUCCACUGCUCGGAGCAGGCGCGUCAGCCGCAGCUGGGCUCGGGCCAUCAGGGGGAGAACUGGCCCCUUGGCUAGGCUCGCAGCCCAGCGAGGACCCUGGGCUGCUGCCUCCACCGUCGACGACGCGUGCAAGGGCCCUCGCGCUUUCCGAGCUUUCCGCUUGGUGGGCGGGUUUGUGCUAGGGGCGCCUUGGGGAUCAGUCUGGACUUUAUUCAAGAUGAAGUUCUUUUGGGGGAUUCUCUUUCUUAUUUUAUUCUCCUUCUGGGUUGAAGAAUCCUAUUCUAAAGAGAAGUCUUCCAAGAAGGGGAAAGGGAAAAAGAAGCAGUAUCUGUGCCCAUCGGAGCAGUCUGCUGAAGACCUUGCCAGAGUACCAGCUAAUUCCACAAGCAAUAUCUUGAACAGACUAUUAGUCAGUUAUGAUCCCAGGAUCAGACCAAAUUUCAAAGGUAUUCCAGUUGAUGUGGUGGUCAAUAUUUUUAUUAACAGCUUUGGCUCUAUACAAGAAACAACAAUGGACUAUAGGGUUAACAUCUUCCUGAGGCAGAAAUGGAAUGAUCCUCGGCUGAAGCUUCCUAAUGAUUUUAGGGGCUCAGAUGCACUGACAGUGGAUCCCACCAUGUACAAGUGUCUAUGGAAACCUGACCUAUUUUUUGUGAAUGAAAAGAGUGCAAAUUUCCAUGAUGUUACACAAGAAAAUAUCCUCCUCUUUAUUUUUCGGGAUGGAGAUGUCUUAGUUAGUAUGAGAUUAUCUAUUACUCUUUCCUGCCCUUUGGACUUGACCUUAUUUCCGAUGGAUACACAACGUUGCAAGAUGCAAUUGGAAAGCUUUGGUUAUACAACGGAUGAUUUGCGAUUUAUCUGGCAAUCAGGGGAUCCUGUCCAGUUAGAGAAAAUAGCUUUGCCACAGUUUGAUAUUAAAAAAGAAGAUAUUGAAUAUGGUAACUGUACCAAAUAUUAUAAAGGCACUGGCUAUUACACAUGUGUAGAAGUAAUCUUUACACUGAGAAGACAAGUGGGAUUUUAUAUGAUGGGUGUGUAUGCCCCUACUCUGCUCAUUGUGGUCCUGUCCUGGCUAUCAUUUUGGAUCAACCCUGAUGCAAGUGCUGCAAGAGUGCCACUGGGUAUCUUCUCAGUCCUCAGCUUGGCAUCUGAAUGUACCACACUUGCUGCUGAACUUCCCAAAGUAUCCUAUGUGAAGGCCCUCGAUGUCUGGCUAAUUGUUUGCCUUCUCUUUGGGUUUGCAUCACUGGUAGAGUAUGCUGUGGUUCAGGUGAUGUUAAAUAAUCCCAAACGAAUUGAAGCAGAGAAAGCAAGGAUUGCCAAGGCAGAGCAAGCAGAAGGGAAAGGUGGAAAUGCAGCUAAGAAGAACACAGUCAAUGGUACAGGGACUCCUGUUCACAUCAGCACUUUACAGGUUGGUGAAACCAGAUGCAAAAAAGUCUGUACUUCCAAAUCUGACCUGAGAUCAAAUGACUUCAGCAUUGUUGGUAGUUUACCUAGAGAUUUCGAAUUGUCCAACUAUGACUGUUAUGGAAAACCCAUUGAAGUCAACAAUGGGCUGGGGAAAUCCCAGGCAAAGAACAACAAGAAGCCUCCCCCUGCCAAACCAGUAAUUCCAACAGCAGCAAAGAGAAUUGAUCUUUAUGCAAGGGCAUUGUUUCCUUUCUGUUUCUUGUUCUUCAAUGUUAUAUAUUGGUCGAUAUAUUUAUGAUGUAUUUUUGUCCAUUUGUGUAAAAUAUAAAACCAUUCAUUAUUUCUCUUCUCAAUCACAAAGGCCAGUCUGUGAAAUCAUUUGCAUUUUUGAAGCAAUAUACUGCAUUUUGAUGCCGUGAGAUUGUAAUGAAAUGCAGCGUCUUAAUUUUGAAUGAAAGCAUGACACUGUAAUGUCUGUGCUCUGACAAGUUAAUGUAUAUAUAUGUACAGCAUACAUCCUGCUCUAGGAAUAUAUGAAAAAUAACUCAUACUGCAUCAGUGAUCAAAUUCAAAUAACUCUCUACUCUUUCUAUAAACAUGCAAAUAUUUCAAGUGAUCUGAAUAAAGAGAAACUGAUUUGCACGCU